CAAUAUAUAUAUAUAUAUAUAAUAGAUCAUCCCGUAAUAAGUUCAUAACAAUAACAUCAAGUGGAAUAGGCUGGUUGCGCGUAAAGCAAAUAUGAAGUCCCAAUACUUUAAAACAGUUAUCUUUUGGGGAUUAUUCUCGAUUUUGAAACAAGUGACAUCCCUGCCAAACACUAGCACCUGCCAAGGACAAGAUGUUGACAUUGUAUUUAUCUUGGAUUCUUCGGCUAGUAUAUGGCCGCCAUAUUUAAAAAACAACUGGCAUUCGUGAAAUAUUUGACUGAUAAUUUUGAUAUAGGACUCGGAAAUAAUCAAAUAAGAGUUGGUGUUUUGUCUUUUAGUAGCUGGCCUAGUAUCAAUAUCUACCUAAAGGAAUCGACUGAUCGUGAAAGCAUCCAGAGAAAAAUUGAAGUUAUAAAACAUCAGCAAGGAGAUAUGACCAACACAGAUGCUGCUUUAAAUAUGCUCGCAGACACUAUGUUUAAACCCGAAUAUGGUGGUAGAAAAAAUGCUGAGCAUUUAGCAAUCCUGCUAACCGACGGAGUGUCUUACAAUCCCAAAGCCACACAAGCCGCUGCAAAAAGAUGUCAUGAUGCCAAUAUCAAGAUAAUUGCUAUCGGAAUUGGUGACAAAAUUAACAGUGAAGAACUGAGAGAUAUUGCUAGUGAACCAAAGAGCCGGAAUUUUCUCUUUUCAGCAGAUUUCACUGCCCUGAAUCGUAUAGAAUCCGAUGUUAUCCAAAGAACAUGUCAAGAAGUUAUUACAACAGCAAGUACAACAACUACUUCAACGCUUGCAAGCACAACAACAGCAAGUACGACAACACCAAGCACAACAACAGCAAGCACGACAACAGCAAGCACGACAACACCAAGCACAACGACAGCAAGCACAACAACUACUUCAACUACAGCAACCACAAAGAUAUCAUUAUUUACAACAAGUUCUGCUUUGGAAACAACGCGAUCUCAAAUCCAGUCUGAACAAAGAGAAUGCAAGAAUAAAGUUGCUGAUAUUUGGUUCCUUCUUGAUUCUUCGUCAAGUAUCACAGCAGACAAUUUUGGCAAACAAAAGAACAUAAUUGAAAAUAUGGUUGGUAUGCUAGAUAUACAUGCCUUAAAAACCCGUGUGGCUAUAUCGACGUUUAACCAUGAAUAUCAGUCAAUUGUAAUGUUUGGCGACACCAACGACAAGCAAGAAGUCAUUAAAAAAAUUGAGGCAAUUGAGUACGUGGGAGGCGGAACUAAAACUGGUAACGCUUUGAAAAAGGUGAGGACUGAGCUAUUCUCAUCUGGGACAUGGAGACCAAAAGCUGAUCACAUAAUUAUCGUAUUUACAGAUGGUAGGUCAAGCGAUUAUAAAGAGACCAAAGCUGAAGCUGAGCUACUCAAGAAAUUAAAUAUAAAGAUAUUUGCUGUUGGCAUUGGUAGCUCAGUUGAUCAGAUUGAACUGGAAGAUAUUGCUAGUAAACCAUUUAACUCUUUCGUACACAACUUUGAAAGCUUUGAUGUUCUCUUGAAUGAAUAUGGAAUUCUUACACGUAUUGCAUGCAACGCAUCAACUGAGUUAUUGCCCGCAGAUGAAGAUGCAUGUCAGAGGACCAUACCAACGGAUGUCAUGUUCAUGGUCGGUAACAAUCAGUUUGGUAGUCACAGGACUCAAAUUAUCUUCGAGGGUAUAAAAGCGGCAAUGAAGAAAGUCAAUAGUGGAAAAAAGUUUCGAUUUGGAACAGUAUUUGAAGACUGUCUGCCUAACCAAGAUGUUAGAGUCGGAAUAACUGGAGAGAAAGAAAUCAUAAAGAAAACUACCAACUUCAUACACGGUGAUUUUACAUCUCUUUUCCGCAAACUGAAUUUUAAUAAUUUCUUGCCAAACUCAAACUAUUUUACGCGGCAUUUCGGAAUGCUAUUUAUCGACCGUACUGUGAAUUUGAACAAUCCAGAAAUAACUACUGAAAUCCAAAGAAUUUUGGUAGAUGAUAUGCUUUUAUUUUAUAUUGUAAUCGGAGAUGGUGUGAAUAUGUCUAAAAUUCCUGGCAUAGCACCUAAGAUGAUUAUCAAAAUACCUUCCUAUGAAGCCUUAGUUACAACUUUUCCAGUAUUGCUUUCAGAUACAAUAUGCAAAGCAGCAGAAAGCUCAGGCGGCAGACCAGAUAUUUCAUAAUUUCGUUUCUUUUAUGUGGAAGUAAGAUUUAUUGAAUAAAAUUCAUUUAAAAAAAUAAAUAAACGUAACUUAUUGGAAACAUUCCAGACACUUAUUCAGUGUAAACCUUUGACUAUCAUUCACAAAAUACAGGCCGUCAUAUCCCCGAGGACAAAAUCUACAAGAGUUCACUCUUCAAUUUAUUUAAUAAAAAGAGAUUUUCUUUGUGCCUUAAUUUUUUCAAACAGAAGUGCCAUUAAUGGAAAACCUUCCAUAAUGAAACCAUCAACAACUGAAUGAUUGAUAGUUAUAUUCAGAAUAGAAAUAGAAUAUUUUGAUUUGAUAAAAUUGACUGAUAAUUAUUUAUAACUCAGGAAUAAAACGUUUAUCUUCAGUUUUGAA